UUGUAUUUUUCCUGCGCAGGAGCCCUCAAAGGACGAAAGCUUCUCUAUCUUUUCUCUCUCCCAAAAGUAUCUUGUCCUGGAAAAAAAUGUUUUAGUAUUUGGUGGGGUGCGGAAUUCACACCAAUGACUGUACCAAUGACUGGUUCUUCCUAAGCUGGGGCUCCCCCCCCCCCCCCCCCCCGUUUUUUCCAUCUCAUGCUUCAUCUUCAUUUUUCAUGUUCAAAAUCUCUGCUUUUCUCUGGUUGUUUUUUGCUUAAUUUAGGAGAUCGACUGUGCUGCUUCUUCUAUUAACAAAUUGACGAUCGGUAGACUGCACCCAUAAUAUCUGAUGGAUGCAAACUCAGAUGCUGUUUCACCUGAAUUUUCUGAUUAUGCGUUUGGCCACAUGAGUAGCAUUUUGGCUGUUGGCCAAGCUGGACUUGCUCCUUCAUGUGCUUUAUGUCAUAGAUUGUUGAUAUCAGAUAACGAGGCUGGUGAGUUUGAAGCAAUAAAUAUAUGUGCUGAUUGUAAAUUUUUACUCCUGGAGGAUCUUGGGACACCCAUGCGAGAUUAUCAAAGGAGGACGCCUGUGUCGAGAAGAAGGAUGUACAGUAGUUCUGAGUCCAUUGAGAAUCUCUUUUCUCAACACUUCUCACAAAUGAUAAAUUUGGCAAGGCAAAACCCAGCCAAUGGUCUAGAGCAUGAUAAUCAAUCAAUAGAAGGAGAUGCUGGUUUAAGGUCAGUGCAGCACACCAGUUCUCGAACCACUCCAAGUGGGUCUAGGAGGUGGAGGAGGGUUCAUUCUGACACUGAAAGUGAUGGUGCUGAUUCUCUAUUUGGGGAGACUGAAUCAAAUGUCACCUUCAAUGGGUAUAGGAACUUUAAUAGUGAAAUUGAGUAUAGUGCUUAUGGAGCGAACUCUGAUGCUUCUGUUGAUGGUAAUAGUUACCUUGAUAAUGAUCAUUCUGGUCACUCAGAUGAAGGAAGUGACUUUGAAACUGAUACUGAUAUUGACCCAAUGGGUGCUGGUAUGUAUCACUGGGACUCUGAUAACGAGGAGGAAGAAGAAGAUGACAAUGAAUUGGAGGAGGUUGAUACUGUUGCGGUAGACAUUCUUGAUGCUAGAGCUCAACUUCAAAGGUCAUUACGCCUUGAUGAAAGCAGUCACCCUGGAAGUUGGCCCAGACAGUUACGUUCUCCUGAGUUUCAGGGUACAGUUCGUUUCAGAAUUCCUGAGGGCAGUCAAAGACAUGUUACUGACAUGUCAGCCAACUCACAGGAGUUAGAACUGCGGACUGAUUCCAGUGACUAUCUUGAUGCUAGAACUUUCGAGGAGUUACUAGAGCAUCUCUCUGAAGCAGAUGGUUUAAGAAGAGGAGCACCACCUGCAGCUGUCUCUGUUUUAAAUCAUCUACCACGUUUGGUUGUUCAAGAAGACCACAAACAGCUUGACAGUUUGACUUGUGCAAUCUGCAAGGAUUCUCUUGUUGUUGGCAUAGUUGUAAACCAACUUCCUUGUUCUCACCUGUAUCACCCCUCCUGUAUUUUGCCUUGGCUAAUGUCAAGAAAUUCAUGCCCCCUUUGCCGCUAUGAACUUCCAACUGAUGACCUGGAAUAUGAGUACAGAAAGCAGAGGGCCAGUAGCAAUUUGAUGGCUCACGGAAUCCCACAGCAUGAAAUAAAUGAAGAUGGUUCUUCUAGUAGCACUGAUGGUGAAGAAAAUGAUGAAUAUGGUCAUGGUGGAGCAGAAUCAGCGGAAGUGAUCCAUAAUGACACUGUCAAUGAACAAUCUGGUAGUGAGGGUACACGAGGAAGAUGGUUUUUUGCAGCUGCUGCUCCUGUUGUCGGUGUUGUUGGAGUUGUUCUGAUGUUGUGGUUAGGUAACCCAUUGAUGGAGAGGAGCCUUAGUCUCCCUAUUUUCUGCUCACAAGGGAGACGUACAAAUCAAUCUUUUCCCUCUCAGCAGGUUAAUAACCGAAGCAGGAAAUGGUGGUCUCUGUUUUAACUUCUUAUUUGUUAGUUUUGAUCCGUCUGUUUUAACAUGUUACUGAUCAUUAGAUUGGUAAAGCUUCAAAGAAAAGGUUUUAUCGGACCAUACAGGUCCUAUGAUGUGAACACACCGGUUUGUAUUUGGAUUUUGUCAAUCUCAUCAGUAUUCAAUGUGGGAGCUUAUUCUGCUCUUGAAUAAAUCAGGGCAGGUUAGAUGACCUCAGUUGACAUGCUAAUUUGUAUUUA